AUGCUCCUCAAACGCGACACCCCUUCAGGGCGCCUUCUUCCCGACAUAUACCGAGACUCCCACCAAGUCCACGUCUUCACGGCCUUUGCCGCCAUCGCCUGCUAUAAUGCCAUUGAACUCGUCAUUCUCUGUCUCUCGACCUUCAAACGCCGAGGGAGCCUUUACUUCUGGUCCCUUCUCGUUGCCUCCCUAAGCAUCGUCCCGCAGUGCGUCGGGUAUAUUCUCCUCUUCUCCCGACCCCAAAUAUCCCCCUACGGUUCCACCACUCUUAUCAUGGUCGGCUGGUGCGGCAUGAUAACCGGCCACUCACUCGUGCUCUGGUCCCGUCUCCAUCUGGUUCUCCAGGACCCCACAACCCUUCGCUAUCUUCUCCGUCUAAUCAUCCUGGACGACAUCCUCCUCCAAAUCCCCAUAACCGUUCUCUUAUACGGCACCGUUUCCACGCAGUGGGAACUCUUCAAUUACGGGUACAAUAUCAUGGAGCGGAUCCAGCUCGUCGGCUUCUGUCUCCAAGAAGGUCUCCUGUCGGGUCUGUAUGUAUGGGAGGCAGCGAAACUGCUACGACUUCGACCUGAAGACCGACAUCGUCGUAUCCUGGCGCAGCUGAUCGGGAUCAAUAUCCUGGUCUUGAUCCUUGAUGUUGCCGUCGUCGGCAUUCAGUAUGCGGGCUACUAUGCCUUGCAGGUCAUGUUCAAGCCCGUCGCUUAUAGCAUUAAGCUGAAGCUGGAGUACGCUAUCCUGGGUCGACUGGUGAAUGUUGUCAAGAAGGUCAACACUCAGGAGUCACUGAGUACGCAGGGCUUUGAUAUGCUGCCUUCGUCUUCGGAGGGAUUGAGACCGAGGCUGGAGCCCCAUGUACAUGGCCCUGGUGGCUUUCUGCACCCUCAGAAGGUGUAUACUUCGUCUCGUGGCUCAUAA